AUGGACUUCUUGACACUCUUCUUGGCUUACCUGUGCUUUGUGCUGGCUGUGACUGCUCUGCUCUGCCUCUGCUCAGGGAGGGAGGAGAGUUUCCUCAUGAGAAGUGUCCACAGAGCAAAUCAGGUGCUGUCACUGGUCGUCCCCAACCAGCUCCAGAGGGUGACACACAGGGCCCUGCACAGCCUCUUCCACACCAGGAGCUGUUGGUUCGUGACCCUGCAGUUAGCCCUGCAGGCUGCAGUGUUUGGGGAAUACACCUGGGAGGUGUUUAUGUACUGCUGGGAGCAGCAGUUCCACCUCCUCCUCCUCCUCCUGCCCUACCUGCUGCUGGCUGGGAAUGUGUGCUGCUUGCUGCUCUGCUCCUGGGCCGACCCUGGUGUGAUCACAAAAUCAAACCAGGCAGCACUGGUGAAGGUUUAUGCCUAUGAUGGAGUGAUGUUUCAGAGAGGCACUGUGUGUCCCACCUGCUGCCUGGAGAAGCCAGCCAGGUCCAAGCACUGCAGGGUAUGUGGGACCUGUGUGCAUCGCUUUGACCACCACUGCGUGUGGGUCAACAACUGCAUCGGUGCCUGCAACGCCAGGUACUUCCUGCUGCUGCUGCUGUCCCUCACUGCCACGGCCACAGCCCUCAGUGCCACCACUGCUGCACUGCUCACGCACCUGGUGCUGCUCUCUGACAUGCUGCACAGCACCUACCUCGAUGCCCAAGGCCACGAGCACCCCGUGGGGCUCCUCUUCCUCGUGCAGCACCUGUUCCUGACUUUCCCCAGGAUUGUCUUCAUGCUGGGUUUUGUCAUCCUGCUCACACUCAUCCUGGGUGGAUACUCCUGUUUCAGCCUCUACUUAGCCUUCACCAACCAAACCACCAAUGAGUGGUGUAAAUCCAGGAAGUUUGGGGGCUCCCAGCACCUCCCAUCACAGCCUCCCAGCUACAGAAACAUCUAUUCCAAAGGAAUCUGGAGGAAUUUAAAAGAAAUCUUUAAGCCUCCAACACUGUUGGAAAGGAAGAAAAGAACAUGA